AUGUACGACAUCCCAACUGGCCUCAUUGUUGACCACAAUAAUGAUACUGCCUUUUGCAAAGGGUGCCGUUGCAAUAAAGAUCUUUGCGAAUUCGAAAUCGCUCCUAAAAAGAUCCGAUUGGCUUUGAAAUGUAAAGAGUGUCGAGAUGUUGAGGCGGAAAGAAAUAGGAAACACAGAUUAAACAAAACUUUGGGUAACACAAAACCUCAAUUGAAAAGAACAGGAGAGGAAAGAGCACCUAAGAUUGAUUUGGAUUCUAGGAAGUUACCUCCUAAUUUUAAAAUGUCGGACUACUCAUCUAAAGACCACCCAUCUAAAGAAUUAGAAUACGAUGGGAAGCUAAUCAAAUAUUGUCAAUCAUGCAAAGCUUUCCAUGAGUUGUGCCAUUUUAUCGAUCCAAAAUCAAAUGUCGAAAACACCCAGUGUAACCUACAGAGGGAAGCAAAGGCUAUCAGAAAUAAGACUAGCUACCACAACAAUAUUGAGGAAAUCAACGAAAGACGCAGAGAAAGGUAUGCAGAAAACCCGGUUGAAGCAAAUGAAAGGAACAAGAAGUACCGCACCCCGGAAAGGCUCCAGCAGUAUAAUGCUAAUCGAAGAAGGAAGCAUGCAGAAAAUCCAGAGCAUAACCGUGACUUACGAAGAGAGUAUCACCAAAACAAUAAGGAACGAAUCAAUGUUAGGGAUAGGGAAUACUACCGAGUUAAUAAGGAUCGCAUUAGAGGAAAUGACACAAGAAGAAGGAAAACCCAACCAAAGACUAGAUACGCCAUGAUUGUCAAUAAUGCCAAAGCACGGGAUCUGGAUUUUGAUCUCACUUUAGAAGCAGCAACAGUAUUGAUGGAGUCACCUUGCUUUUAUUGUAAUUACAAGGUAGACGAGGAGUUGAUUUCGAUAGAUAGACUGGAUAGUCACAAAGGUUACAAUGUUGAUAACGUGGUGGCUUGUUGUACAAAAUGCAAUACUAUGAAAAGGUCAUUGGAUCCUAAAACCUUUUUGUUAAGAUUAAAGGGUAUCCUUGAGCCACUUGAUAAAGAUGUUUGCAGGAACGUGUAUCGGAACACAACGGGUUCAAAAUACACUGAUUGCAAGUCCAACGCCAAAGACCGCAAACUGGAUUUUGAGUUGACCUAUAUCCAGCAUACCUCAAUCGUGGCUCUUCAGUGCUAUUAUUGUAACCGAAAUAAUACAAGGCUACACAAAAAUGGAAUUGAUCGUUUAGACUCCAAGAUUGGUUAUGUUGCUGGGAAUUGCGUUGCUUGCUGUACUGACUGCAAUCUCUUGAAGGGGACUUUAACUGAAAAUGAGCUUUAUAAACAGGCUUCUGCUAUAUUGGAAAACACCGAAGACCGAGACCUCCACAUGAUUGAUCAUAUUCCUAAAGAACUCAAUCCAAUGGCUCCUAUUCGUUAA